AUGGGACAAAGUAAUCUUGACGAACAAAUAGAGAAACUUCGUAAUUGCGAACUAAUUUCUGAAGAGGAGGUGAGAGAACUCUGCCGAAAAGCAAGAGAGAUCCUAAUCGAAGAAAGCAACGUGCAAAGAGUAAACGUGCCCGUGACAGUCUGUGGCGACAUACACGGUCAGUUUUACGACUUGAAAGAGCUAUUCAAGGUUGGAGGCGAUUGCCCGGAGACGAAUUAUUUAUUCUUGGGGGAUUUUGUCGACAGAGGUUUUUUCAGUGUAGAAACAUUUCUACUACUUCUAGCACUCAAGGUACGGUAUCCCGAUAGGAUAACGUUAAUACGUGGUAAUCACGAAUCACGUCAAAUAACUCAAGUGUACGGUUUUUAUGAUGAAUGCCUUCGAAAAUAUGGUUCGGUCAAUGUGUGGCGACACUGCUGCGAGAUUUUUGAUUACAUGAGUCUUGCCGCGAUUAUAGAUGACAAAAUAUUUUGUGUGCACGGAGGACUAUCACCGACCAUAAAUUCAUUGGAUCAGAUUCGCACGAUUGACCGGAAACAAGAGGUCCCACACGAUGGAGCCAUGUGCGACCUUUUAUGGUCUGACCCUGAUGAAAUUGAAGGCUGGGGUCUCAGUCCUCGUGGCGCAGGAUAUCUAUUUGGUGGAGAUAUUGUUGCACAAUUUUUACAAACUAACAAUUUAGAAUUGAUUGCGCGCGCCCACCAAUUGGUGAUGGAAGGCUACAAAUUGAUGUUUGAUAAUACCAUAGUGACGGUGUGGUCAGCACCAAAUUAUUGUUACAGAUGUGGAAAUGUCGCCGCGAUCUUAAAACUGGAUGAAAAUCUAACAAGAGAUUACAAAAUAUUUGAGGCGGCUCCUCAGGAUGUCCGUGGUCUACCUGCAAAAAAACCAGUUCCCGAUUAUUUCCUGUGA